AUGAAUAAACCACGUACAGAACAUCGACAGUUACCAACACCGAUGAACUUCCCAUCCAAAACAAUGGUUCCACCUCCAGUUGUGACUGACGAACGUCAAAAAGUCAAUAUAAGAAUCAACGAUGCUACAGCUGUCAAUAUUCAUAGAGCAGCGGUAACACGUGAUUACAUCAAACAACCGCGACUGACAUACAAAACAGUCGUUGGUGUCAAUGGUCCACUCGUUAUUUUGGAUAAUGUUAAAUUUCCAAAAUUCGCUGAAAUCGUCAAUUUGACACUACCGGACGGAAGUGUUCGUAGUGGGCAAAUUCUCGAAGUUUCAGGAUCAAAAGCAGUUGUUCAAGUAUUCGAAGGAACAGCAGGCAUUGAUGCAAAAUACACAACUGUAGAGUUUACUGGAGAUAUUCUACGUACACCAGUUUCCGAAGACAUGCUGGGUCGGAUUUUCAACGGUUCAGGAAAACCGAUUGAUCGUGGUCCAUCUGUCUUAGCAGAAGAUUAUCUAGAUAUCAACGGUGAACCAAUCAAUCCAUUUUCACGUGAAUAUCCCGAAGAAAUGAUUCAAACUGGUAUAUCAGCUAUCGAUGUCAUGAAUAGUAUUGCUCGUGGGCAGAAAAUCCCGAUUUUUUCUGCUGCCGGUUUGCCACAUAAUGAUAUUGCUGCACAAAUUUGUCGUCAAGCUGGUUUAGUAAAACAUGCCAAAGGCACUUCGGAUAGUGAUGACAAUUUUGCUAUUGUGUUUGCAGCUAUGGGUGUCAACAUGGAAACAGCUCGAUUUUUCAAGCAAGACUUUGAAGAAAAUGGUUCGAUGGAAAAUGUGUGCUUAUUUUUGAACUUGGCUAAUGAUCCUACAAUCGAACGUAUUAUUACACCGCGAAUUGCUUUGACAACUGCCGAAUUUCUUGCUUAUCAAUGUGAUAAACACGUUCUAGUUAUCUUAACUGAUAUGAGUUCAUAUGCUGAAGCUCUGCGAGAAGUUUCAGCUGCUCGAGAAGAAGUUCCCGGUCGUCGUGGUUUUCCAGGUUAUAUGUACACUGAUUUGGCUACUAUUUACGAACGUGCCGGUCGUGUAGCAGGUCGUCAUGGAUCAAUUACACAAAUUCCAAUUCUAUCUAUGCCAAACGAUGAUAUCACACAUCCUAUACCUGAUUUGACAGGUUAUAUUACAGAAGGACAAAUCUACGUCGAUCGUCAAUUACAUAAUCGACAAAUCUACCCACCGAUCAACGUUCUUCCAUCAUUGUCACGUUUGAUGAAAUCUGCUAUUGGUGAGGGUAUGACACGAAAAGAUCAUGCUGAUGUUUCCAAUCAAUUGUAUGCCAACUACGCUAUUGGAAAAGAUAUUGCUGCAAUGAAAGCUGUCGUUGGUGAAGAAGCUUUGUCAUCUGAUGAUUUACUCUAUUUGGAAUUUUUGGGCAAAUUUGAGAAGAAUUUUCUCACUCAAGGUGCCUACGAAAACCGAACGAUCGCUGAUUCAUUAGAUGUUUGCUGGCAGUUACUUCGAACAUUUCCACGCGAAAUGCUUAAACGUAUUCCGCAUAAUAUUUUGCAAGAAUUCUAUCCUCGUGAUGGUGGCAAACACUUACAACAGCAAGCACCUGCGACUACAACUGGCUAA